UUUCCGAAAAAACCUAAGAAUAUGAAUCCUUGCAGUCACGAAAGCUUCAAAUCUAGAAUGAAAUGGACAGAAGAGGUUCAUCGCUUUCGACUGCCUCGCCGGCGAGGUGAAAGCGCAGCGACCCUCUUGGGAGGUCGCGUGGCGAGCGUGCCGAACCGUUUUACACCGCCGUCGCGGCCGCCCUCGUCAUCCGUAACCCCAUCCAACCUCUCUCACGCUCUCCUCUUCACUUCCCGUUCCAGCUGCUGCUAGCUGCAGCAGCGAUCGAGCGCGGACUCCGACGGAGAGCGCCGUCGCCCCCCUCCGCUCACGCACUCGCUCGCCUAUGAAGAAGCUGGCACAGACGAGGCUUUGCUGCACAAGGCCGAUCCUGUGUGCCCGGCGCUGGAGGGAACCCACGAAAGCCGUCGCUCGUGCCAGCACGGCGAUGGCGAGCCGGUGACACAACGCUCGCUCCGGGGACCAGCAGUGAAGAUGGCGGUCGCCUCUCCCCUGGUCGGCGACGGCGACAGCGACACGGCGGACAACUCCGCGGUCACGGGCCGCGCGCCUUCGGACGAGGCCUACUCCUCCUGGUCGAACUCCAGGGCCGAUUCGGAUCGCUCGCACUACCGCCACCACCGCCACCACCACCGGUGCUGCAGCUGUGCGCCGUCGCUCAGCAGGGACGUCAGCUGGAGCGUCUCCUCCUGCAUCUCGGCAGGCACCAGCAUGUCGGCAGGCACCAGCAUCUCGGCAGGCACCAGCAUGUCGGCGGGCUCCGAGCUCUCGCUCGUGUCGCCCACGAGCUGCCCCGAGCCUCUGCUCUUGCCGGGAAGUGACGCCACCGCGGCAACCGUCGCCGCCGCCGUGGCGGACAUGAAGAAGAAGCUGCCUGCGAGCCAUGGGAGGUCGACGGAUUGCGGCGCCGCGGGGUGCCGUUUCGGCGCCGUUGCAGAGCGCGGCUUCGUGGCGUCUCGCGGCGGAGACGGCCGGGCAGCGGCGAGCGAUGGCGGGCGCGGUGGCGUGCAGGAGAGGCGCGGCAGGCUGCCCGCGCAACUCGGGGCACGUGGCUCGGAGGGCGCCGCGCAGAGGCCCGCUGGGAAACAAGAGUGGUCCCGCCAGGCCGCUCCGGGACCCGUGAUGGACUCGAUGGAGGAAUGCCGGGAGGACACACCCAGCGGCACCAAUCAGCUGGCAGCUCUGCGUGGCCACCUGUCCGAUCUGGAGAGCAGCCUCUGUGCACUGGAGCGAGGCCUUGGCUCCGAGUGCCACUGGGCUAAGACUGGGACGAGGUCGGCUUCAGCCCCGGAGCUGCUGUGCGGAGCGGCAGAGCGUGGUUGGGCCGACGGACUGCAGGCGAGCGGAGAUUGCCCGUGCAAGGGGACGACUGGCAGCUCAUCCACGGAGGAGGAGGACGAUGAUGAUGAGGAGGAGGAGGAAGAGGAGAGAAGCUCCACCGGCAAGGAGCAUGGCAGGCAAGCGUCCUCCAGCGAGGACGAUGGCGACCUUGAGGUCAUUGAGAAGGAGCUGAGGAAGAGGUGCUCGGCCGCAUCGGUGAGCUCGCUCACGGCCCACGCCCUCCGCCUCAUCAACACGGCGCAGCAGCAGCUCGUCGGGGCGGCCGCCUCUGCCACGAGCUGCGUGGCGGCCGCCACCUCCCCCCGGGCACUCACGGCCCAGCAGGCCAGGGUCCUCGACUCGUGCCUCUGUCUGCUCGAGGAAGACGUGUACGUGGGGGCGGGCGGCGCGUUCCAGCUGGAGAUGGAGCUGCGCGAGCUGGAGCGGUGCACGCGCGGGGUCCACGCCCACUCCAGCGACGCAGACAUCGCCAUGCUCGAAGGGCGCGUGGCGACCGCCGUCGCGCAGGUGCAGCGAGCAGAGGGACAGAUCUCGGACAUCGAAGAGCAGAUUUCGUCCUUGGACAUGAAAGUGUCGCCAGAGGUCACCCAGAGGAAGAAUUCACAGGUCCCCGUGGAGAUUCCCAAACAGCGGAGGAGAAAGCUGCCAGUCCCUCCGGACAGCAGGAGCUUCAUGGAGUCAGCCGACUGGAAGCUACAGAUGCCGAGCUUCAUGAGAUUUUGAACAAGGAGCCCGGGCAACAGGGAUAGCAACUUGGCUGCUCCCGCGUCUCGGCAGCGAACGUCAUCCAAGUGCCUUAGCAGGAGGACAACCCCACCUGAGAGAUGGAGCCUCUACAGGAGAGCGGGAGAGAAACCGCCGCUGCUGUCACUGCUGCUGCCACUGCCGCUGCUGUCUGGAGAACCCUUCCCGCGUCCUGCGUUAUCAUCCCACCAUCGUUUGUCUUGACAGUGAAACCUCAGUGGUCGUUCGGCGUUUAUACUUCGCACUAAAGAUACCGUUAACGACACAACACAGCUUGAUAAAUGCCGAUUACGUUGUGGUUACAUUUGUGUGAUCUCCCCGCCCGUGGAUUAUGUAACUAUUGCGUAACAACGCCGCAUCUUUCCGACGAGUCUUCUCCACGCACGCUCCCGCGCCGCUUGUGAAUUUCGCGUUUCGCCCGCGCUCGUCAACGCUGCGAAAUUCCCCACCGCUUCCUUUGCCCCCCCCCCUCCCCGCCGCUGCAUCGCUGCAGCAGUCGCGAGCGCCGCCGCCACCGCUCGCUUGACGACGACGAAGGGCACCCUAAACAAACCACGACUUCGCGCGGGAGGAGAUGGGCGGGGGGGCGGGCGAUAGCGCGGACACCAAACAACGAGGGCUCCGCGAGCACCGUGCGCUCACGGCAACGCUGCACCCUCCUCAUCGAGAGAGUGGUGAGAGAGAGAGAUAAAAGAAUCGCCGUCGCGGGUGCAAGUCCGAUUAUAAUCAUCGGCGGAGGGAGAAGCGCGCCGCAUUUCGGACUCGCUCCUAAAACGGCAGCGAGGGUUUUUUCUCCCCCCCCCCCCCCCACUGAUGCGGAGGUCACCGCUCGAACACCGCAGAGACGACGCCGCCUGGUGGGAGACGCGAAACACCCACGUGCACGCGGGCCGGCGCCGCGCAGCGCACGCUGAGAUUCUAUGCAUUAGUCGUUGACGUUUUGCCUUAAAAAGAAACAAAAAAAUCCAUCAUUACCUUAAACAUCCGUCAUGACCUUAAUUCUGCUUACAUUGGCAAAUCGACUGUUUUAUUUUAUUGUGCACACACGCGCGCGCGCGCCUCGGCUGUGGUUCGUAUGCAUCGUGAAAAGGCCCCUCGUUCUCGUUCGCUGACGGGUUUGCUUGGUGAGCGUGUGGGGUGUAUGGGGGUUGGUGGUUACGCACGGCGCCUGGCAGCCGUGUGCUAUCUGUUCGGUGAAGUGCCCCCCCCCCCCCCAACGAAACGCGCGCGGGCAGCGUUUGACUUUUCUGAUGCGCGCGUUAACCGCACACAGCAGCACCCCCGGGGGGGGGGGGGAGUGUGGGGGAGCGGGGUUGGUGGCGGUGCUAUUAGUCAAACAAUAUCCAACCCCGUCCAGCCCGAACGUGACAGGGUGGUCGAUGAACGAUGAGCCCGAGACGUUGUUGACAACAGACCAGUGCCUCUCUCUCUCUCUCACACAGUGUGUGAUCUACUCGUCUGCAGACGCCGCGCAUUUUAUUUUGACUCAUGGGAGGCGAUGGCGUAGAUAGCCGCCGCUCCCUGUUCUCCCAACCCUCCCCCGCUCUCCACGAGCCCAGCCACAAUCGUGUCUCGAGAUGACAUCAAACGAAAUGGCUUCCAGAUGCCGAGCCGCCACCUCUGCCGCUCACGCGAGCGCCGUGCCGCGGAGAUUUGCCAACGCUGUGGUGAGCCGGCGGCGGUGUUACGCGUGUACGCACGCUGCUGCUGCUGAUGCUGCUGCUGCUGAUGCUGCUGCUGCUGCUGAUGCUGCUGCUGCUGAUGCUGCUGCUGAUGCUGCUGCUGCUGAUGCUGCUGCUGCUGCUGAUGCUGCUGCUGGCUUUGCACGCAAAAAGGCAUUUUGACGUUCUCAAUAUAAAUCGGUUCAUGCGGUGAGAAUAUUUGUUUUACUUACGCAAGUGUGGCCGCCACAGGCCCCCCCCCCCCCAAUGAAAUGGGUCGUGGGGCAGAGCCAACCCGCUUUGGCAGGAUCUCCCAAGCCAGUGGUGGAAAUAAAAAUGUCACCCGAGGGUCACGGUUGACUUACGACCUUGAAGUAAGUCGAUCACCGAUGGGGUUGUGAAAUGUGUUCCCCUUUACAAGUAUGACUCCAAUGCCCGCCCCCCACCUAGGCGCAUUCUAUUUUCAGUUAAGUUUGUUUUACUUCUGUUUUUAAAACAAACGAUCAAAACCGUUCGGCUCAAACUCGGCGGCUUUCCUCGGUGCGAUUGAUUCACUCUUGAUUCAUAUCCGACAGGCUGCCGCGGAAACAGGUUAAGAUUUGAAAAACGUCGCUCAACAAUAACAACAACAAACCCAAACUCGGAGGUUCAAAACGUUGAAUAUGCAAGCACGCUGCCUGGACCAUGCAUGAGUCGUGUGCUGCGUUAUCGCUGACCUCGCAACAUCGAAACGAGAGCCUCCGUAAUUGCAUGAAACGUCGCGGCUUCCUGCGGUUAAUUGUAUCGAAUCGUUUCACUUGUCAGUGAAGAGCAACCGAUACUUUAAUGGAUUACUACAAACGAGACGUUGUGGCGGAGGGUGGGUAGAAUCUAAUGUGAUAAAAAAAUUGCCAAGCCACCAGUUUUAUACACCCAAGCAAUUGAUGUUAAACUUAAUAAGGCACUUUAAAUACAUUGCCAUUGUGUCCGCGUGUGUGCCUCUAUAAGUCUAUACGCCCCGACCACCAGCGGAUCUUUGUGCGCGUGUGGUGCGGUGAUAAUGGUCCGUAUUAUUAUUUGCUUAUAAAAAAACAGGCCACGCACACACCAUGUCAGUGUGAUACUAAGAACGUGUGUUUUUCAGCUCUUGACCUUGAUGCCACAGGCUCAACUGUGGAGAGGCCCCUUUGUUCACCCGUGCCGAGUUGUGAAAAAGAAAGGGGGGGGGGCGGGGGGCUUGAGACAGCAGCACCUUGCCGAGGCGCCACGCUCAGAAAGACGCCGAACUCGCGAGGCAUUUCGGAUGGCGACAAACCAGGACACCUGCUCUGAUGUUGUGACAACAUUCAACCCAUUUGUUGUUGCACCAAGAGCGUCAUGGCUGGGACGAUGGCAAUCCUUUGGAGUCCAUGAUCGAUUAAUUAUUAAGCAGUUGACGAUGCCCGCGUAAGAAUUGACCUGCUCGGUUUGUAAUUGGCUUCACGCCAGCCCUCGCAUCGACUCGAGACGCCACUCGUCACCACGUCAAUGGGACAAGAAAACUAAACUCCAUUCGUUCUUGCAUCGAGCCACGGCAAUGAAUCACGCCAGUUCGUAGAACGUCUCGGUGGUGGUCGGAGGGUUGGGUGAACUCGGGGGGAUCCACCUCCAUCCACCUCGAUCCACGAGUGCCAAAUCAAAGCCAAAGUGUGUCCUCCCAGUCCCAGGGUUCAGACAACGGGGACGGACCUCAUUCAUUAGCAGUCUUUAAACCAGCAGUGGAAAUUCCACAUUCCCAUAGCUGGUGGGCAGGUG